UUCCAGGAGUCAGGGUCAGGAUCUGGAGGGCUGCGGAGAUCUCUUAUCCCAUACAACGGGGUGGGGGUGGGGGACGGAUGGGGGUGAGGGAGGGGGCAUCUCCGAAUCCCUCAGCCAUCAGAGGCCCAGGAAUGGAUAGAUGUCAAGUGGACACGUGCCUCAGUUCCUCUUUGGGAAUCACAGAAAAAAGAGGGCUCUGGUUUGAGGGAGUGGUGACAUGUCAGCAGAGGAACAAAACUUAGUCCUUCCUUGGAGUCAAACUGAGGCGCUUGAGUGACGAAUGGCAGGACUCUCCACCAUAGGACCUCAACCUGUACUGUCAGCACUGGGAGUCCCCUGCCAGGGGUGGUGGGCUGAUGUUCCCCUUCACUUCCUUCUCAUAGGUUCCAGGAAGGUUUAAGGUGUUAACAUCAGAGUAGCAAAGAGGAGGGGACCCAGGCCCUGCCAAUGGUUGACAUGAUGAUCCCGAAUGUGGGCUGAGAGAUCUCACUACUGAAGAACAGAAGAAGGCCCAGUGAUGUCACCUGAUGUCAGACCCAGUAAGCCACAGGCAGAUCUAUUAGACUGUAACCUAAGGCUCACUCUAACUUCCUCUGUAGGGUUCUCAAGAGAAUCAUCAUGCCUCGUGGUCAGAAGAGUAAGCAACGUGCCCGUGAGAAACAUCAGCAUGUCCAAGGUGAAACCCAGGGUCUCAAGGGUGCUCAGGCCACUGCAGUAGAGGAGGAAGAGUUUCCCUCUUCCUCUACUGUUUUGGGGGAUACUCCUCAGAGCUCCCCUAUUGCUAGCAUUUUGCAGGAGCCUCAGAGAGUCCCAGCUACCACCACUCUUGCUGCAGCAGCUACUUUAUGUGAAGAGCCUGAUGAAAGUGCCAAGAGCCAAGAUGAGGAAAGUCCAAGCCCCUCCCAGGCAACACCUUCCACUGUGAGCUCACGUAAAGAUCCUCUGGCAAGGAAGACGAACAAGUUGGUGCAGUUCUUGAUUGAGAAGUUUAAAAAGAAAGAGCCCAUUAUGAAGGCAGACAUGGUGAAGGUUAUCAACAAAAAGUAUGAGGAGCAAUUCCCUGAGAUCCUGAAGAGAACCACUAAGCACAUGGAGCUGGUCUUUGGCCUUGGUUUGAAGGAAACCGACCCCAGUGAUAACUCCUAUGACCUCAUCAGCAAGCUAGAUAGUACCCAAGGAGGAAGUCUGUGUAGUGGUGGGGGUUUGCCCAAGACAGGUCUCCUGAUGACCCUCCUAGGCUUGAUCUUCUUGAAGGGCAACCGGCUUACUGAGAAAGCGAUCUGGGAAUACCUGAAUGUGUUGGGGAUCUAUGCUGCGAGGAGGCACUUAAUCUUUGGUGAGCCCAGGAAGUCCAUCACCAGAGAUUUGGUGCAGGAAAAGUACCUGGAGUACCAGCAGGUGCCCAACAGUGAUCCUCCGUGCUAUGAAUUCCUGUGGGGUCCCAGAGCCCAAGCUGAAGCCACCAAGAUGAAAGCCCUGGAGUUUUUGGCCAAGAUGAAUGAUACAGUUCCCAGUUCCUUCCCAGCUCUAUAUGAAGAGGCUUUGAGAGAUGAGGAAGAGAGAGCCGGAGCCAUAGUUGCAGCCACGGCUGGUCCUACUGCUACAGCCAGUGCAUCUUCCAGGGCCAAGUCUAGUAGCUUCUCUCGCAUCUAGUGAAGUAUGAGCAGAUUUUUCACAUAGUAGUUGAAAGGUCUGUCUGCCUUCUAAGUAGUAGGGGCUGAGGUAGAGCUGAUGGAAACAAAAUGUGUGUCUUCAUUGUGUUCCUAUUGUCCAUGAAUAGUUUAUAGUUGUGCCCUAAUAUACGGUUGUGCCCUAAUAUACGGUUUAUUUUGCUUCAGGAUGU